UCUCAAUGGCAUUAUUAAUCUUUUCCUUGGUGUUCUUGGCUCUCAUUUGCUUUCUAUUCCUCUACUGCUUUAGAAAUAAACAUGGUUCCCCCAAGAGUUUUCCGAUUGUCGGGAUGAUGCCGGAGCUUCUCCUCAACGUUCAUCGGGUUUACGAUUGGCAUACCGAGACUCUCGACAGGUGCCGUUGCACUUUUCUUGUUAAAGGCCUUUGGUUUGGUAACAUGAACACGAUGGUGACCUGUGACCCCGCCAACAUUCACUACAUCAUGACCUCCAACUUCAACAACUUCCCCAAAGGAUCCGAAUACAAACAGAUGUUUGAUUUCUUGGGAGACGGGAUAUUCAACUCAAACUCGGAUUUAUGGAAGAAGCAGAGGAGGGCUACUUAUGAAUUCGUAAAAAAACAGCAGUUCCACAAUUUUUUGUCAAAGACUACUCGAGAUAAGGUCGAAAACGGGCUUAUUCGAGUCCUUGAUCAUGUCACCGAUCUAGGGUCGACAGUCGAUUUAGAAGAUGUAUUCCAAAGGUUCAUGUUUGAUUCCACUUGCAUCUUGUUCAUCGGCAAUGACCCUCGGUGCCUCUCGGUUGAAUUCCCCGAAGUUCGAUUCUCAAAGGCCUUGGAUGAAGUCGUGGAAGCGAUAUUCUACCGGCAUGUCUGGCCAUUGAGUUUUAUAAAGUUGAUGAGGUUUUUGAACAUAGGACAAGAGAAAAAAUAUAAAAAGGCAUGGAGAGUUCUUGAUGAUAUAAUAGCUACUAUUAUACGCCGGAGAAGAAAAGAACUGAAGGAAGGGUCGGCAUCGGAAAUCGGCAAAGACGGUGUGGAUCUUAUAACAUCAUACAUAACCGAAGAGAAGCCAACAGGUUUGGAAUGCGAUGAUAAGUUCUUGAGAGACACCGUCUUGAACAUGAUGCUUGCAGGGAGGGACACGACGAGCGCGGCUCUUACUUGGUUCAUUUGGCUGGUUUCAAAGCAUCCGACAGUCGAAAACAAGAUCAUCGAAGAGCUUGAAUCAAUAAUAGUACCGCCGGAGGAAACCAAGAAACGGCGACUGUUCAAUGCCGAUGAGGUGAAGAACUUGGUUUACCUGCACGGAGCAUUGUGCGAGACAUUAAGGCUAUAUCCACCUGUUCCUUUCCAACACAAGGAUACUGUCGAAGCAGACGUACUUCCGAGUGGGCAUCGAGUUGAUCCGAACAUGAGAAUCUUGUUCAACUUGUAUUCGAUGGGAAGGAUGAAUUCGAUAUGGGGGGAAGAUUGCUAUGAAUUCAAGCCGGAGAGAUGGAUUAACAAGCAUGGAAGGAUUAAACACGAGCCAUCGUACAAGUUUUUGUCAUUCAAUGCAGGGCCGAGGACGUGUUUAGGGAGGGAAGUGGCGUUCAUUCAGAUGAAAAUGGUGGCGUCUGAUAUGGUUUACAACUAUCGUUUUCGUGUAUCGGAAGAAACUCCGGUGGUUCCAUCUCUAUCCAUCCUUCUGCACACCAAGAAUGGACUGAUGACUAGGGUUUCCUCUAGAUGGGACUAAAUGCAUGACAGAAAGUUGAAACCUAGCUUAUUAUUAUUAUCUCAAACCUAUGGAUUGCAUAGUUUAUGGAUAAUUAAAAAAUAAACACACAUAUUAUGUAAACAAAUAUAAUUAUAAAAUCCGAUGCAGAAUCUGAUUCAAGCAGGGUUGGUGCGGA